AUGUUUGGUUCAUCUGUUGAAAGGGGCAAAGGAGUAGCGAGUGAUCCGAAAAUGAACGGUGGAGGAGGAUUUUCAAAAGAAGAUUCAUCAUCGAAACUCGCUUCAGACGACGAUGUAGAUUUUGAAGAUAAUGUUUUACUUAAACCAUCAUUAAAUGAAACCAGUUUUAUAUUCGAAGGCGUUCGAUUCACGCCGAAAGUCAUCGAAUUUAUUGAUGCGUUCGAAGGAAAACAAUUUGCCGAAAAAAUUAAAAUACAAAAUAUUGGUAAAAAACCGAUACUGAUUAAAAUAGGUGAACCCAAUUCAUUUAUAUUUCAAAUAAAAAAAUAUUCUGGACGUCCUAAAAUAUUAGCCAGCGGUUCUUCGUUGACAAAAACAUUAACUUAUUCUUAUCACAAUGAUGAUUUGGUGAGAAGAUCACAAAUUCCGAUACAGAUAAAUGGAAAACUCAUUGAUUAUCCGAUAGUAGUUAAAAGAGCCGCACCCGAAAUUGUUGUCGGACCAUCGCAAUUAAAUUUUAAAAAAAUAAAUAUCGGAGCAUCGGCAAAAACUUUAUCAUUUACAAUAUAUAAUUCGGGGGGCAAAAGGACAAAAUUUGAAAUCGAUUUAGGAAAAAAUGAUUUGGAAUUGGUUGUAACGCCUCAUCGUGGAACCAUCAAAGCCAAAAGUUCCGUUACUAUUUUCGUAGAAUUAAUGGGAAUGAUUGAAGGUGAAUACUACAAGGAAUUAUGGGUGACGACCAAUGAAAUGUCGACGAGAGUACCGAUAAUGGUAGACGUUGUUAAACCACGUCUUGAAAUUCUUCAUCCAAAUGCAACCGAUGAUCUUGCUCUUAUUGAUUUUCCACCAACUUUUAUAAACACUCAAAGGGCUCAAUGUUUUCUAUUGAAAAAUUACAGCGCGGAUACGACGUUGUUUAUAACGCUUGCGGAAAUAAGUGGAAGCCUAUUGGUUGUUUGUAAAAUGUUUGAUUUGACCGCCGAAGAAGGACGUUUAGAACCUUUCGAAACGAGAAUUGUAACGGUUUUGUUUCAACCUAAAAAAACCAGUCCGAAAAAAGGUUGGCACACGACAGAGAAUAAAAGGAAAAAAGAUUCAAGAAUGGAACACAUACUUUUUGCAAGAAUGAUAAGAGUUCAUUGUAUCGAAAUAACGGAACUGGAUAAAAAAGAAACCAGACAUCAAUCGCAGUAUCAUUCGCAAGCUGGAAAAGAUUCACUCUUAGCACUAUCGAUAUUUUCAUCUCAAAACGUUUCCUCGGAACCUUCUAAACACCUUGUGACGUCACAAUACGUAUCAGAUCUUUUGGGAAUCGAAUCCGAUAUAAGAAACGAAGGAUUUUUUAUCAAUUCUUUAAAUGAUAACGAAGAUAAAAUAGUUAGGCUUUGUUUGCACGGUUCAGGUGUCGAACCGAGAUUAGGUUUGCAACCUUCCUCUUUCGAAUUCGAACCUUUGUACAUCGGUCAAACCGGAAAUAGAGUUUUAAAAAUAACAAAUGAAAACAUAUUACCGAUUAAAUUUAAAAUUCACAAAGUGAUGAACGUGACUUUUUCUCCAAUCGAGGAAGGUUGGCUCAAACCUGAACAAUCUCAUGAAUUUUUAAUAUCUGUCACUCCCACUUGUGCAGGAAAAUUUGAAAAUUUUUUACACAUUGAAUUAUUUGCUAAAUCCGACGUAGUUUACAGCGAUGAUAAACAAUUAUUGUCGAUAUUAACAGUUCGUUUACCCGUUAAAUACGUUGCUAAUAAUUUACCAUUAUCAUUAAAAAAUAAAAUGACUCAAAGUCUUUGCACGAAAGAAAAUUCAUUAAUAAAAAAUAAUUUAGAACAAAAACAACAAUUUAUCGAACCUUGUUUAAGGAAUUUAGAUAAAUUUCAAAGGAAGAAAAAACCUUUUUGCGAUAAUAAACAGAAAAUAAAUAAUAUUAUUUUAUUAGAACAAAAUAAAAAUAAAGAAAAUAAAAUGAAUCAAAUAUCAACGUUGAAAAAUGCCGAAGACUUAUUAAAAAUGGAAAAGAAAAAUUGUUUGAUACCGGAUGAUAAAACAAAUAAACAUUAUUUAAUAUGGAAUAAUAAUUUGGAAAUAUUAAAAGAUUAUCUACUUAAAAAUUAUCCGAAAAUGAAAGAUUUUAAAGAGAAUAUAUUUAAAGAAAAAUAUUUUUGCAUCGAAGAUUGUCAAUGGAAAUUGAAAAUCCCAUCAAAAAUUAAAUUAAUAAGCAUAAAAAAAAAAUCAGAUGAUCAUCCUCAAUAUAGUAUGAUAGCCGUUAAUACUCCGGUAUUGGAAACAUUAGUCGUUGAAAAUUUAAAUCCUUUCCCGAUAGGAAUACAAUUCGUACCUGGAAAAUCAGCCGUUAAAGUCAUAGAUGGUGAAAACGUACACGUGGCAUCGUUAAAUUCGAAAUCUUUUACCGUAUCAUUCAUAACAAAAGAUUUAGGACGUCACUACGGGUUUUUAGAUUACGUCAUUAACGGAAGUCAUCAAUUUAAGAUAACCAUGUCCGCAUACGUGACAUCGAAAACUUUAAUACUCGAAAGUAAAAAUUUAGUCGUUAAAUUUGAAGAUUAUCCUCCCCAAGGAGCUUUUCAAUCAAAUGUUAUGCAUGUUAAACUUGGAAAUCCGUUACAAGCAGUUAUUAAAUAUUUUUGGCGUAUUCCAUCGGAUUCUGCUUUUGCUUUGGUCCUUCCAGAAGGAGAAGUACCGCCAAAGAGUCAAAUAGUAACGGAAGUUAAAUUGAACGUCGGUCCUGGAAAAUCAUUUUAUUCCGAAAUAAAUUUAGUUUCGGAAAGUGGAAAUUCUGAAACUGUUAAAUUUAUGUAUCCGGUACAAAAUUUACCGGUUGGUAGUUUCAAAGAUGUUUCAUUUGAAGUAUUAAAUUGGGAUCCGAUGCCUGGAGUCGUUAUAAGUCCAAAAAGUGGAGUAAUAAAAGCUAGAAGUUUUUUCCCGCUGGAAGUUUCCGUUAAAAUUCCAGUUAUUAUGAAUUUUAAUAUCGAAGUAUCGCUUUUUCUUCAUCAGUAUCAAAAAAUAUCAAUGAAAGUUGUUGGUAACACCGUCAUGCCCAACAUAAGAAUAAAACCGGGACAAGUUAUAAUGCGUAAAAUAUGUUCGCAAUCAUUUGACAUAGCAACAUUAUGCUUGGAAAAUGUAGGUACGACACCUGCAAAAAUAGAAGUUAAUUUUGACGGUUGUCCAGAAUAUAGCAUACUCAAAGAUAAAUCAAAAAUAUUUCUUCCCCCAUCGAAACAUGCUAAAAUGAAAAUACAAUUUAAUCCGACCGACGUGGCACGUUUUGUUUUUUAUCUACCAAUAAUAAUAAACAAUAUAUUGGGUCCCCCAAAUUUACAACAACCCGAAAGCGAACAUCUUGAUUAUUACAUAGCCACCAACGAAAAAGUUUACGAAAAUUCAGGUACCGUUUUUCAUUCGGCAAAUUCAAAAAUAAAAAUUCCAAUUGUUUGCAUACACAGUGACGUAUCACCGAGUCUUUUAUCCAUAUCGAAUUUAAACAUUGAUUUCGAACCGAUGAUUAAUUCAUACACUCAGACUCAAAAAAUAAUUUUUUCAAACGAAUUUACGGACAAUGUUGUUUUUUGCAUAAGAAACGAUGAUUUGGGGGAAGGAAAUAACAGCCCUUUCGAUUUGAUACCGACAGACGAUAGUUUAAUUGAUCGUAGAUCGAAAUCGAUAAAAGCAGAACUUAAACAAGGUGAAAAUUUAACUUUGAUUGCAAAAUUUUCACCCUUCAAACCUGGCAUUUACGAUAUAUCCGUACCUGUUUACGUUAAAAAUUACAAUAACGGUUACGUUUAUAAUUAUAUUAAAAUGAAAGGAGAACUUAAACAACCGAGACUUUUUGCCGAAUUCAGAGAAAUACAUUUUCCACCAUUGCCAUUGGAAAUCGGUUGCGAAAUAUUGAUGAGCGUUUAUGCGGAAAAUUACAUAUUUAACGAUGUGAUUAAUUGCACGUUGUGGACUCCUCCGGAUAGUCAUGAAGCCAUUUAUCAUUGUCUUUCAUACACGUGGCAAAAAGAUCCGAGAAUCGUUCCGAAACCGGAAAUGCAAGAAUUUGAAAUCCUCAUAACGUUUACAAGUGGUUUUCCGAUGCCUAUGAUAACACCGGCCCCCAUCGGACCUAAUUUUAAAUUAUCAACCCUCCUGUCAAAAUCAAUGAGCAAACCUACACAAUUGAAAUAUUUCAACACGAUACUCAAUACACAGAUAAAAAAACAAAAAAUGAGCAGUUUAAGCGCUGCAAGUCAAAAUGAAAUACAUUCGGUUAAACCAAACACUUCCGGUGAUUACACGUCAUCUAAUUUAAAAGAAUCGGAAGAUAAUUUGGAAGUUUCAUAUCCGUUUUUUCCAUUGCCAUUAACUAAUUAUGGAAAAUACAUAACGGAAACAUUUAAUUACGUCGAAAGAUGGAUAUUUCAAGUUGUCAUGCAUUGCGAUUUGACAUUUCUAAUACCUUUCAGUUUUCAAAAAGUUAAAAAAUCUUUUAGUCUUAAAAAGCGUAAACAUAAAAUAAACGUAUCAAGUAAAUUUACAGACGAUACUAAUUUUUUUGAUUUUUUAGAAGUUUUACUAGGGACCCAAAUAUACGAAUACGAACCCAUGAGGUCAUUGGCAGAUAUGAAAGAUGUUAGCAAUUAUAAUUAUUUUUCCGCAAUUCUCCAGUAUUUGAAUAAGGAAGGAUGUUUUUUACCACACGUGAGACCGGAAUAUUUAUUAAAUUACGAUGAUUAUACAAAUUAUUUAUCGCAUCAUAGUAAUUCGGAAACUGUUAUUUUGAACAGUGAAAAAAAAAAAAUAAACAAAAGGAUAUCGAUGGUGAAUCAUAGAGACAACGUUGAAAAAAAUGAAAGCAUGAGCAUAUCAUCGUUGUUUUCCCGCGGUCAAUCCUGGAGAAAAUCAUUGGGAGACAAUGGAAAAUUAGAAUCCGAACACGUAUUUGAUAGUAGAGAUGACAAAUUAGAUGAUCCAGAUUCGCAUUAUAUAACGGUUGAAAAUCAAAGCAUCGUACACGAAUUUGACGUUUUGGAUAAAACGGCCAUGGAAGCAAGAUCGAAACAGGCUUGGCUUGACGUCAUCAUACAAAUUUAUAGGAAUUUUGUAUUGAGAAAACUUCGUUGGCCGGCAUCGAUUCCAGAAACUGAAAUUGCUGGACCCAAAGAACAAAUAUUAAUAAAAUGUGUUAUUUUACAUUCGCCAGUGGAUACUCAAAUGGCAAAUUCUUUAACGAAUUCGUUAAACAGUAACGUUUUCUGUUCUCAGGAAAAAUCAUUACUCUUUUGGAUAAAUCAACAUUUUAAAAAGGAAAGUCAAAAAUAUUACAUGAGGGAAAAUUCUCCGAUUACUUAUAAAUCCGUAACAAAUUUCGAUAAAGAUUUAUCGGAUUCACUCGCUCUUAUUUUUUUAACUUGUUCACAUUGUCCAUACAUAACCGCUGAAUAUUUCAGUGAUAUUUUUUUAAAACCGGAUACGACGAACAAGCUUUAUCACAAUGCGACGAAAUUAACUCUUGCAUGGCGAGAUAUUAAUUUGGGUCUUUCCGUUGAAGCUUCCGAUAUUGUUUAUCCAAAUCCGGUUUUUAUGAUAUUUUUAAUUAUGCAAUUAUAUCAAAUAUUACCGACUCUUUAUCCGAGUUUAAAAAUUAAUUUUUACGCAUCUCUUUCUCUAAGUUCAUCGAGAUCGAUACAAAUAAAAAAUGAAAAUGCUGAAAAAGUUUUUUAUCGUUUAAAAUUUUUCGGACAAUAUCAGGGUUUUUUUCAUUUGAAAAAUACAAAUGCCAUCAUUAUCGAAAUAGAACCUAGAACUUCUGUCAACGUUGAAAUUAUAUACACGGCGAGAAAGAUAAAAAAAGCUUCCGGUUUUCCAAAUUUUGCACAACAUGUUGCUUUUUCACUCGAGGGAGAACCUUCGGACCUUUUGGAAAGUACAAAAUUAUCAUUCACGACUCCUCUUUAUAAAGUUUUAUGUACGGAUAUACCUAUAACGUCACCAUAUCGCGAACCUGCCGUUUACGAUAUUUGGUACACGACAAACAAACCCGUUUACAAAGGUAAUACGGAUAUAUCAGUUACUAUAAAACCCUGGUCGAAAAUAAGAAAUCGUAAAAUAUCAAGACGUUUAUUUUUAAACAAAAGCGAAAUAAAAAUAAAAUUUAGAGAAAAAUCAACGACAUUACCCGUCACGGUCACGUGUAUAACAGAAGAAUCAAGAAAUUUUUGGUUACUUUUUAGAAUUCCAAUACCGGUAUUAAAUGGAUUUUAUUCGGAAUUAUGGUCGCCUCAAGUCGAAUGCACUUGUCCGGAAAAAGGGAAAAAUUUAACAUUAAACGUUCCAGCAAAUAUAAAUUGUCCGUUAAUGACGACGAUAAACAUUCCGGUUAGAAAUCAUUCAUUAUGGGAUUCGUUAAAAAGUAUGUUUUUAAAAACUUUACACGAUCAGGAAAAAGUUUUCUGGAAUAAACAUUUCGAAACGAAUAUCGGUUUGUGUUUGAUACUAUGGUUUAUAAGUGCUGACGAAGAAGAUAGCGUUACUGAUGAAUUUGUACACGUGCUUCAAACACGUGUUACAUAUACAAUAACAAUCGAUCCACCUUACGAUAAAUUAUUAAUCGUACCGGGAAAAAUUGAAAUUCCAGAUAUAAGACAAAACACCACGGUGAAAAUACCCAUACACGUGUCGGAAAAAGCGCCUAAAAAAUUAAAAAUAUGCCUUACGAUGACGGCCGAAAGUAAAAGAGAAACGCGAAAAUAUAAAAUAUUAAUAUUAACACCUGAUUCCCUCAAUAAUUAA